AUGGAUCAAAAUCUUGAGAACCUUUGGAGAGAUUUCGGUCGAGAAAGUGAAGCUGGAAAAUUGCUAUUCCAGCUUUACCGUAUUCCUAACAAGCCAAAUAUUUACUACCCUCCAGUGAAAACUGCAAAAAAGCCCUUACCCUGCGAAAUUUCAAAAUCAAAAACCAAAGAAAAACCUCAAAUUGAGUAUCCUGAAAUGAACAAGCCACAGUCAAGGCCAAAGAUCCACCCAAUUGAUUUGAUUCCAAAGCGAAAAAGUAAAGAUGUGAUUAAAGAAGAAAUAAAUCAAAAUUACCGUGGACUCCAAGCACCUCCGAAAAAAGGAGCAAACAGAGAAGUCCUUAAGUCAGAGCUUCAAGAAAAAUUUCAAUUUUCCAAUGGAGCUUUGCCAAAAUCAGUUAUGAUGCCCCCUGGUGGCAGCCGACCUGCAAAUCGAAACGUUGCCAGAGCUCCUAAAAAAGCUGAAGAGCCAGUCACUAAUAAUUUAGAAGAGCUAUUUGAUAUGAUUGUCAAAGAAAUUGAAGAAAGGCAGAAGUUUUUAGAUGAUAUGAGAACUAUUAAUCAGCUGCCUCCAGAAGUUGAAAAUAGAGUCAAAGGAGAAAUCGCGUCAAGGAUUUCAGAGCUGCAAAAGAUUAGAGAAAUGUCAGGCUAA